CGAUUGCGCUUCGCGACCGGUGGAUCCUAGUGCAGAAGGGUUGAAUUGGUUCCUCCAAUCGACGUCCUGGGCCAUCGACUACCAGCGCCAAGCCCCAGUGUCAAUUCCGCCAGCCGCGGCUUUUACCAAUUUCGUCCGUGGUUUGCAAUCGUGGCUCGUCCGCUUCCUUCACAAGGGGUACAAUCCCUUCAUCCAUCAGCACCUUUACUCCGAGACGACUAUGCCACAGUGUAUCCAGGACGCAUACGCAGCCAUUGCUAUAGCGCAGACAAUCACCCCAGAUAACGAGCACGUCGUUGACGCGGUGUCGUCUAAUUACAUCAUGACGCUCUUAGCCGCCAACUCCGCAGAGGAAGCAUCGUUUCUCCCGCUCCUCUCGACGAGGGAACACCUAGCACGCACACAGGCUCUUUUGAUCCACUUGCUCUUGUGUCUCUUCUCACCUUCGAUACCUCGGAGGAGCAAAGCGGAGAACUUGAUAGAUACCCUGCGUCUCUGGGCUCGUCAACUAUGGGGGUCCGCAGCACUAGAUGCAACGACAUCGCCCAUGAUGUCGAGGUCAUGUAUGAGUCAGUCCGUGGAAACGGACGUGGUUACGAGUCUGUAUCAAGCCUUUAUUCUCUCAGAGUCCAUCCGUCGUACGUUUCUACUCACGAGUAUGGCUACCGGUGUAUAUACAAGCCUAAAGGAGACUUGGACCCACGACUGUGCCGGUGACGUCUGCAUUACUCUACGCGGGGAGCUCUGGGAGGCUUCAUCGCCUGCCCGCUGGGAAGCCGCCGCGCGCAAAGAGGAUCCCUUGUUUCUUCACAGCUUGAAAGGGCAGUCUCUGGUGGCACGAGGGGUUCGGGCUGCCGAGGUAGAUGAGUUUGCGCGGCUGAUGUUUACUCUUCUAUGGGGAUUGGAAAAAGUAGAUCAUUGGGUUGUGAGCACUGGAGAUUGUGUUUCUGUAGACUAUGGAACCUGUGUUUGAGCUUUAAGAAAGUACGAAUAGUAUUUCACGAGA